AACUAUAACUGCCGUUGGUAUCAAAGUAAGCAAGAUCAACAGCAUCAAAAAGCACAUUCUCUCUUGCAUUAGCAAAGAACAUCGUCGCCGAUUCCGAUCGUUGCAUCCAGUCACAACCACAUUCCUCUCACCUCCGUAUCCUCUUUCGGAACACAAAGACGAAUACAAGCGCAAUCGCAAUCGCAAUUGCAAGCAUCCCGACCCCACAAAUCGUUAUCGUUACGACUCGAUGAGAUUCCAGCAGUUUUCCUCUUGGCUCCUCCUCGCCGCCGCCGCUUCUACCACAGCCUUUGCACCUCGCUCCGUCCUUUCUACCUCCGCCGCAAAAGUCAACAGCACUACGUGCAGCAGCAACAACACUAGCAACGGCAUCAACAGUAACCAAAGCUGCACCCCUGUCACCGCACUCAACAUGAGCACCGACACAGCCGUCGCCGAAGCUUCCAAGCCGGUCGAAAUCUUCCGCAAGGACUACAAGCCCCUUGACAUUGUUGUGGAAAAGAUCAACAUGGAUUUCGACAUUCGCGACGGAAAGACCAUCGUCAAGUCCGAGCUGUUCCUAGCUAAGAACCCCAAGCUCGAGUGGGACCCCGACACUACCCACGACCUGGUUCUCGACGGGGACGAAACGUCCGUAACUUUGCUCGAGGUGACCCUGGAUGGCCGAACGCUCAGAGAGGGCGAGGACUACACGCUGGCUCCCGGAUCCAUGACCCUGAUCAACCCGCCUCCAGGAUCCGUCCUCAAAACGACCGUCUCGAUCGUUCCGGAAGACAACACACAGCUCUCGGGAUUGUACCAGUCUGGACCCAUGUACUGCACCCAGUGCGAGGCGAUGGGCUUUCGCCGAAUCACCUACUACCCCGACAGGCCAGACAACAUGGCGGUAUUCGAGCGCAUCCGUCUGGAGGCAGACAAGGAAUCCUACCCCGUGCUUCUAGCCAACGGGAACCUCGUCGAAGAGGGUCCUGCAGAAGAGGACGACUCCCGCCACUUUGCAGUCUGGACAGAUCCCUACCCGAAGCCAUCCUACCUCUUCUGCUGUGUAGCCGGAAACCUCGGAAAGAUCACCGAUUCCUACACCACGAACCCAACGGGCCGGACCGUAGAGCUCAACAUCUACUCCGAUCCCAAGGACGCCCACAAGCUCUCGUACGCCAUGGAGUCUCUGAAGAACUCUAUGAAGUGGGACGAGGAUAAGUACGGCCUCGAGUACGACCUCGACCUCUAUAACAUCGUCGCUGUCGAUUCCUUCAACAUGGGAGCGAUGGAGAACAAGGGCCUCAACGUCUUCAACACCGCCUAUGUGCUGGCCGAUCCGUCGACCGCCACCGACACGGACUACGAGCGUGUCGAGGGUGUCAUCGGGCACGAGUAUUUUCACAACUGGACCGGAAACCGCGUCACAUGCAGGGACUGGUUCCAGCUCACCCUCAAGGAGGGACUCACAGUUUUCCGAGACCAGGAGUUCUCCGGGGAUAUGAACUCGGCGGCCGUAAAGCGGAUCGAGGCCGUUUCCUCCCUCCGGGCGUCCCAGUUCUCACAGGACGCCGGCCCGAUGCAGCACCCGAUCCGGCCCGACUCAUACAUCAGCAUGGACAACUUCUACACGGCGACCGUUUACAACAAAGGAGCCGAGAUCAUCCGAAUGUACCAUACGCUGCUCGGGGAGGACGGUUUCCGCAAGGGCAUGGACCUCUACUUCGAGCGACACGAUGGGGACGCUGUUACCUGCGACGAUUUCCUUUCGGCCAUGUCGGACGCGAACGACGGAUUCGACCUAGAGCAGUUUGCCCUGUGGUACUCAACGCCGGGGACUCCGGUGGUGAGCUACGAGCACAGCUACGACGACGCUACCAAGACCUUUUCCCUCACGCUCUCCCAGUCCACCCAGUCGAAAGAUGGCCCCAUGCACAUCCCGAUCUCGGUCGGAUUGCUAGACAAGGCAACCGGGGAGGAGGUACUCGAAACGACCGUUCUCAACCUGAAGAAGGACACCCAGACCUUUGAAUUCCCGAAUAUCGAAGGAGAGGUCUUCCCAUCGAUGCUCCGUAGGUUCUCGGCCCCGAUCAAGCUGAUUCCGGCCAACGGAGCCUCCGUUGACGAGGAGCUCCUGGCUUUUCUGGCCGCCAAUGACACCGACGGCUUCAACAAGUGGGACUCUGGUCAGGCACUUAGCCGCAGCCUGGUCUUCCAGGUUAUGGAAAAGGGUGCCGACGAUGCCCUUGGGGAGGGCUCUGACACGUGGGCUUCCGUGAAGGAGGCCUUUGCGCGAACCAUUUCUGAUACCGAGUCUUCCGACCUGUCCAUCCUCGCGUACGCCCUCACCCUACCUACCGAGGCGACCCUCCAGGAAUUCAUUCCCGAUGGCGAAGACGUCGAUCCACUGGCCAUUCAUUCGGCUCGGGGCGCCGUCAAGAAGGCCCUGGCCCGCGAGUUCGAGGGGGCCCUAAGAGAACGCUACGAUGCGAUCACGGCCGAAACCAAAGACGGCGCCUUUGCCGUCGACGCGGAAGCAAUCGGCCGCCGCAAGCUCCGAAACGUAUGUCUCGAGUACCUGUGCGGGAUCCGGUCCACCCCCGAGGAGCAGGCCUCCGCCGCCGACCUCGCCUUUGCGCACUACGAGGCGGCUACCUGCAUGACCGACAAGGUGUCGGCCCUGAACGCUCUUGCCAGCAUGGACGGAGCCGGUGCCGAGUCCMGCGACACGAUCGUCCAGCGCUUCUACGACGAGGCCGAUGGGGACGCGCUGGUGCUGGACAAGUGGUUUGCAAUCCAGGCCAUGGCGGACCUGCCGGACAUCCUGGAGCGUGUCCAGGCCCUGAAGGAGCACCCCGACUUUACGCUGAAGAACCCCAACCGUUGUCGGUCGCUCGUCGGAGGCUUUGUUGCGAACGCGGCCGGCUUCCACGCCUCCUCCGGGACCGGGUACAAGUUCGUCCGAGAAAUACUGGAGGAGCUCGAUCCGAUCAAUCCGCAGAUCUCCGGUCGGUUGAGCUCGGCCCUCAUCACCUGGAAGAAGUACGAUUCCGAGCGCGGUGGCAAGAUGAAGAGUGAGCUGAAGAAACUUUCCGAGUUGACACCCAUCAGCGACGAUCUCUUCGAGAUCGUCCAACGGGGCCUCAAAGAAGAAUAGGUUCGUCGAUGCGAUGCCUCGCAGCGCGAUCGGCAGCAGUGCGUGCCGUGCAAUGCAAGCAAAGCAGAAACUGAAUUGUCUUGCAAGGAAGGGAGCGAAUGUUGUCAUAUUUUUAAAAUAAAUAUUUAUCGCUUCA